AUGUCGCGCGAAGAGUUCCGCCAGACACACGUCUCCCUGUCUGGUAGACGGUACGACAAGGUGGUCGUAGGAGCAGCAGUUCUUCAUCCGAGCUCCCACGCCGAAGGUUCUCCGAAGCUACUUCUUCUUAAGCGAGCCCCACACGAAACCUCUUACCCCAACUUAUUCGAGCUUCCCGGUGGCAAGGUCGAUGAGGAAGACAUAUCGCCCCGCAUUGUUGCCGAGUUCGAGCCUUUCGAGUAUACGCUGGAAAAGGUGACAAAGCAGGCCGACGGGACGGAGGUGACUGAAGAGAAAUCCAGCUACCAGCUCAACUUUUUAGUCGAAGUGUCUGGAAGCGAGGUAAUCAUGAAUCCGGAGGAACAUUCGGAGAGUGCGUGGGUCACUGAGCAGGAGGUCGGUCCAUAUCCCAUGUCGGAUGGCAUGCGCAAGGUCGUGGCAAACGCUUUCAGGCGCGCCGAGGAGGUUCUCAAGAUGUACAUGUAG